GAUACUUGCUCUAAUGGAUUCAGGUUUCACAAUACAAAGCCCGAGUAGAACCUCAAACUUACUCUAACCCAGGCUGUUCAUUCAUUCGCACCAUGAAUCUUUCACAGACAAAUCUCUCUUUACCUUACAUACUUUCUCUGAUUCUACUAACCAUUUCAUUAGCCGAUAAAUCAUUCUGCAUUCGGUUUCCUGAUCGGAUCACAAAUACCGUUCAGGACCCGCCGGACCACCCGUUAAACACAGCUGUUUUUGCCCUUGGUUGUUUCUGGAGAUCGGAAGCUGUUUUCGGAUGCUUAAACGGAGUUGUACGUACCACCGUUGGAUACGCUGGCGGAUCCAAAACCAACCCCGACUAUCGGAGCUUGGGUGAUCAUGCCGAGUCCGUGCAGGUUGAGUACGAUCCUAGGUUGAUCACUUUUAGGGAACUUUUGGAGGUUUUUUGGUCAAGUCACGAUUGUAGGCAAGUAUUUGGGCAAGGUCCUGAUGUGGGUAAUCAAUACAGGUCUAUUAUUUUCACAAAUGGAACAGAUGAGUUCAGAUUGGCUUCUCUUAGCAAAGAAAAAGAGCAAAUGAAGUCGAAGAGCAGCAUAGUGGCUACUCAAAUUCAAAAACUUGGAACCUUUUAUUCUGCAGAACCUGAACAUCAGAAAUUUGAGCUCAAACGAAAUCCUUUCCUUCUUCAGCUGAUGGGAAACUUACCUGAAGAGGAGCUUGAGAAGUCAAGUCUAGCUGCAAAACUAAACAGCUAUGCAGCGGAGCUUUGCCCUCCAAACGUUCAAAAGUUGAUUGAUGUUAAGAUCAAUGAUAUAAUUAGAAAAGGUUGGCCCAUUUUGAGAGAUGUGUAGCGUGUCUCUGCCAUUAGAACUUCGGAUCAACAUACGUUGCAGUUUACCAGAUCAGUGAAAUUCUUUACUUUAUAAAAACUAUUAUAACCUUUGUCUAUUUAUAAUAUUCUUUUUUUUUUUUUUU